ACAUGCUCUUGUGAAUGAUACGAAUCAUUUAUGACAAUUAUAAUAGCAAUAAGUGCAGCAACCCAAACGACGUAUAACCAGGCUACUAGAUCCUUCGCAGAAGCUUAAACGAGCAACCAAGACCUCCUAUAAAUACAUUCCAUGCGCAUGUAUACUGGCUGCAUAACAUAAGAAGAAGAUAAAAUAAAAUACAUACAAAGCACCUAAAUUAAAAACUCCGGUCUGUGAGUAAGAGAGGAGGAGAGCGACUAGUGAGGAACGAUCAACGUUGGAGGGGCUGGUACGAAACUUGCCGGAGCAGAGAGAAGGGACCCACCGUCAAUAACCUGCGUCGCCGAUAUCACGUAUAGCAAAGACGCACGUCUCUGUUUCUUUUUUCUUCGCCGGCCAACUGACAUUAUGCCACCAAGACGUGAUCUGAAUGCUGUGCCAACCAAUGCGGAAUUGGCCCAAACUGUUCAGCUUCUUACUCAACUCACCCACACUAUUGCGAAUGCGGUACUCCAAAACAACCAGCCACGUAAUAACGGCAGUGACAUGGAAACCCGUGUAGCGGCGCGAAAUCCACCGAGCUUCCUUGGGCAAGAGGACCCAAUCAUUCUCGAAAAUUGGAUACGCACCUUUGAUAAGCUAUUUGACGCAAUCAAUUGUCCUGUGGAACAACGAAUCGACAUUGCUGUUUAUUAUCUGCAUGAAGAAGCAGAUAAAUGGUGGGUUAAUGCGGGACCAGGGUUGCGCGCACAACCGGACUUCACUUGGGAACGGUUCAAGCAAGCACUGCGAAAGAGGUUUUACCCACCACACGUGCAGGCAGAAAAUUAUGACAAAUUCCUGCAUCUGAAACAAGGAGAAAUGACGGUGCAAGAGUAUCACACUAAAUUUGUCUCACUGGCAGAAUUUGCAUCAUCACUAGUGCCUGAUGAAGAAAGCAAGGUCGAGAAGUUCGUCAGGGGACUUAACUAUGACACACAGAAGGCCUUGAGUGUGCAAGAAUGCCAAACAUUGGAUGAUGCCUAUUAUAGAGCUGCGAAGCACUAUCGGGUUAUUCAACUACAACGAGAAGCCCAUAAGAAAAUCCGAAAGAACGAGGAGGAGAAUAAAGCAAAGGAGAAGAGGCUCAAAACUCAUCAUGAGGAACAACAACUUCCGUGGAAGAGGGACAAUCGGCCGCAUGAGGGGAGGAGAUUCUUUGGGCUAGGCCCGAAGCAAAACCAUCAAAGUGGGACAGGUGAUAGGCAUUUUCAUUGCUGGAAGUGCAAGAGGGAUCAUCCGGGUGUUGACUGUGACGGCAAGCUCGUGAAUUGCUUCAAUUGUGGAAAGAUGGGACAUCGGUCAUUCGAAUGCCUGAGUAAAUUGAAGACAGGCCCUCAAAACCAGGGGAAUAAUCGAGGAGGUGGGAAUCAACCUGGAGCUGGGGCGAAUCGUGUCAAUAAUAAUCGUGGAAACGGAGCGGGAGAUGCCAACCGAACCCCGAAUCAGAACCACGAUGGGGGCAAUAACAACAAAAACAAUGCCCCUAACCAAGGUCGCAUCUAUGUGAUGAAUCAAGCACAAGCACGUGCACAUGAUGUGGUUGCAGAUGGAUAUGCUUUGGAUGAUGACAUGCAUGCUUACGGUUCUUGAGAGCGCUAGCUAGAGAUAUUACUAGUAAUAAGACUUUAUUUAUGAACUUUUGAUUUAAGAUCAUGUAAUAGACAUCUUUACUACUCUAAUUUCCUCACUCUAGAAUAUUUGAACAAGUACUUCUGUUAGCCUGUGCACUUAGCGAUGGUCUUGCUAAGUGUGGCGGUAACACCUUCAAUUUUCAAUUAUGUUACUCCGCUGCAACAUUUCAAUA